AUGCCGCAUAUGAAAAGGUGCACUCCAACCAGUUAUGUCACCUUAGAUCAGCGAGUUUGGUUGGGAAGUAAACCAAGGGACUUGCCCAAUAUCAGAUGGAUGACCAUGCCAGCAGCUUCUGAUGGAAUUCUGGAAACGCUAACUGUGGUUGUAAGUCUGGAUGUUCAACAAGAGGUUGGAUGUUCAACAAGACGUCGUGUCUGUCAAAAAGCAGAUUUGAAGUGUACUGGUCUUUGUUCCUGUUGCGAGUGCACAAAUUUUCCCGACCAGAAUACAGACGAGAACAAUUUGUCAGGUGAUGACAAUGAUGGUGGCCUAUUGUUCGAACUUGAUGGCGAUGACAGUGGAUUCGAUGGCAUAUUUGAAGAACAAUGAUGGUAAUGCACAUAGGUAUUAUCUGCGCAGUGCAGUAGAUCAUUAUUUAUUUACUCAUUCGAUAUUCUCAUUCGGAUCCACAGUACUUAUAUUAUAAACAUGUAUAUCCCUCUCAUGGACAAGGUUAAUGCAUAUAUGGUCAUGGCUGAGAAGCUGAAACGCACCCUGGUGGGGGAGCUUAAUUUAAACGCACCCUAGCUGGCGCAGUAGCAAAUCUAAAAGAAAAAGUCAACUACUACGUAUGUGCACGAAAAGCCAGGUUGAAUCGGUUCCUUGUUAUUCUAGAUAGUAGCUAAAUACCAACUUAUGUCACAAUAUAAUAUAUAGUAGAACUUUACCAGACAAAAGCCAGGACAGCUUAUUGUAGAAUACAUGGAUCCGAUAAGUGGGAUUUUAUUGCACUGAUGAAAAUCUGGGCUCAAGGAUGAAUACAUUUCUUUCAGUUAUAGAUAUGGAUUUUAUAUUUCCUCCCAAUUUAUCUUUUUUUAUGAUGAUUUUCGAGUUGCCUGGGAGAUGUUUCAUUCACAGUUAAACGCCUUCACUUGUGCAGUCCGGUUUCGUCAUAGAUAUCUUAUAUACACUAUAGAUAGCGCAUCUCUUUUAGUAAAAUUGAAGCCAAAAAUAUUCCAGCGGUUACCCCCAUUUGAAUAGAUGGCGUUAGGGUUAGGGUUAGGGCAAUGUUGGUCGUUCCCACUUGCUAAUAAACGCUUAAAAACAAUAACUUUCAUCAUUUGAAUAGUUUAAAAACGUAUUUGGAAUAGGGUUAACUUGAUGUUUAAGUUCCCUGUUUAAGAAGCAGAAAACAUACGAAUCUUCUCAUUUCAUGGGAACGACCUGAGACUGCAAUCAAGGCUUCAAUUUUUGAAUUGCAGACUGAUAAUUAGAUGCACUAUCUAGUGUAUAUAAGAUAUCUAUGGGUUUCGUCGGUUGGAAAAGAUGGUUGUUUUUGGCUGAGACAGAGCGUUUUUAGUAUGCUGACUUGUCGACUGACAUGCGGUAAGUGUCAAUAUGUGGCGGUUCGACAACUCGUCUUGUGCAAGCUGUUCAGUCAAAGUUUAAAUCGGUAUAAGCUUAAAAAUAAUCUCAAAUGAUGCGAAUAACUAGAUUUGAAUAAUUAUAGGCCUAUUUCAGUCCUUCCAGUAGUUUCAAAAAUUUUCGAAAAAGUUGUCUUUGACCAAGCAUAUACCUUUUUAAACAAAAACAACCUUUUAUCUGACAUACAGUCAGGAUUUAGACCUCUUCACUCAACGUUAACAGCUAUGCUUGAUGUCACUGAUAAAUGGUACACUAACAUGGACAGUGGGUUAAUAAAUGCUGUCUUAUUCAUUGAUUUAAAAAAGGCUUUUGAUACCAUUGAUCAUAACAUUUUACUACAGAAGUUAGCUUGUUACGGUUUCAACAAAGAAGCGAUUGAUCUUUUUAGAAACUAUCUUUCUGAUCGUACUCAAAUAACAGUUAUUAACAACAUACGAUCUGAUACUCGUAAAGUAACCUGUGGAGUUCCUCAGGGAUCUAUCUUAGGUCCACUACUGUUUUUAAUAUAUAUAAACGACCUACCUAAUAGUGAAUUGGUAUCAGAUGGGCGUUUAUUCGCUGAUGAUACCAACUUGACUUUUGCGGACAGCAACCCUGACAAGUUGAUUUCUGUUCUAAAUGACGACCUUAAAACUCUCCAAAACUGGCUUAACCAGAAUAAACUAAGCCUGAAUGCGGUUAAAACUAAAUGUAUGUUUAUGGCAUCCAGGCAAAAAUUAAGUACUAUUCCUGAAGAACCUAAUAUUGCUAUCGCCGGAAACAAAAUUGAAAGAGUUAGAUCUUAUAAGUGUUUAGGUUUAAAACUGGACGAGAGUUUGACAUGGGAGCAUCAUGUUUUUACUAUAAUCUCCAAAGUCUCCAAGGUGAUUGGAGUUCUACGAAGACUAAAACCAUUGCUCCCACAGUCAACUCUUGUCAUGAUCUAUAACUCUUUAGCACAGCCUUACUUUGAUUAUUGUAGUAUUGUCUGGGAUAGCCUAGGUAAGGGUCUUGGACAAAGGUUACAGCGAUUACAGAAUAGGGCCGCAAGAAUUAUUACUGAAUCUGAUUAUAACAUCCGGUCAUCAGACAUUUUAACAUCAUUGAAUUGGACCAACCUUGAAACCAGACGUACCCAACAGUUCAAAACUUUUAUGUACAAAACUGUUAAUAAUAUGGUUCCUAGUUAUUUGUCUGGAAAAUUUACUUCCACGUCAAUGAUACACGAACAUAGUUUGCGUGGAUCUAAUCAUAAACUUUUUGUACCAAGACCCUUAACGGAAUCCUUGAAGAAAUGUUUUUCCUACAGAGGAGCUACCCUAUGGAAUGACAUACCCGUCGAACUCACUAGAGUUCAAUCUCUCGCUGAGUUUAAAUCUAAAAUAUCUUAAUAUUUCUCUUAUAUUAGUUUCUUUGCAUGUGUAGUUUGUUACUUUUGUAAAUAGUUUGAUACUUUUUUAUUAGUAAUUAGUCGACUAGUAUAGGUACACGUCUCCAUUGAAGAGUACAUAACAUAACCUGUGAAAUGGACCUCGUGUUUUAAAUAAAGAUGUCAAUCAAUCAAUCAAUCAAUAUUAUGGGUAAAGAAUGCAAAAAAUAUUAUGACGAUAAAGAAACUUGUGGCGGAGAAUGAGCGUUUUGAAUCGCUAAGCGGCACGCGUGUUUGCCGUCUCCAUCAAUAUGUCGCUGUUCGGUGACAUAACUUAUGCGAGCCCUCCAGAGAAAACAGCAAGCCGAAUGCUUCAGGUGAUGUGGAAAUUAUCAGUGAAGAAUGAAAAAAAUUAUUAUAGCUUUAUAUUUAUUCCUUACGACGAUACAGCGAUUUAGAUAGGAACUAACCGUGUCUUAAUUGCUCAAGAUUUCAUUGACCCGACACGGUUUGGCGACUUGACUUCAGUGGUGGCGUCAAGGAGGGGCUAGGGGGGGGGGCUACAGCCCCCCUGUCGGGGAGCCCUAGCCCCUCCGUCGGGGAAAGUUAAUAGAUUCAUCUGGGGAAACUGAGAAAAAAAUUUGAAGAAAUUCCGAAAAGCACGGUCUUGUCGCUAUGCUUGUUCUCCCGCAUGUUAUUACAUUAAUUAAUCAUUUACAUUAAUACUCACUAUUCACUUCUGCACUAGCUAUAGCAAGGUGCGACUGUAUUACGCACAUUUCUUAAUAUACUAUUAAAUAUAGUACAUGCGUUACGCAAGUUCGCUUACGUACCAGACAUCAAUACAUAAAUAUAGCACGCUAAAUGACAACAUUAUAAUUACCUCAUAUUCUAAAUGUGGCUUUCGCAUAGCAUAUACAAACGCACACUUGCACAUUUUAUGUAAAUAUCUUAUAUACAGUAAAGAUAUCUUAGUCUAUCUCGCUUGGCCCAAUUAAUAUUCUGCGGAAUAUUUCUAUGUGAACCGGUGUCGCAGGAAAUUUGGCCCCACCCCCCAAAAUAUGCCCCCCCUUCGGAAAUUCCCCCCCCCCCUCCCUCGAAAACAUAGUUUACUUUAUCGCUAUAAGCUCGGAAAUCGUGAAGCUUCUUCUAAAACCAAGAUCUUAAAAGUGUUUGUCAGUAUUUAUAGUUAGUUUGCAUAAUUUAUUUGUGUCGAAAUUCUUCAUUGCGGCCAAGAGCAAAAAGUUUGAAGGAAAGCGUAAUAAUAAUAACGUGCUAGUGCAGCACACAUGCAUGGGUAUCUGUAGAGGACAACGUUAAUGUAUAAUGGCUUAGCUUUAAGCUAAGGACACGAAACAAUUUUUAGAGAUAGGAAUAGAUAUUACAAGUUAAUAAGAUCUAUAAAUUCAGUCAUGAUCACAUAGUAUAAAAUUAGUCAAAAUAACAACCGCACUUUAGCAAACGAUGACACCAUGCGUUGGCGAAUAUGUUAAUAUACACGCGUCUAAUAAAUAACAGGGAGUAAUUAGCAUUAGGGUAAAAGUAGAAUUUUAAGUAAAAUGAGUGGUUAUUUCGUAAAAAGAAGUCUAUAGUGUGUCAAAAGUGGUCUAUAGUAGAUGCUUUUGACGAUGUUGAGGACAAAUUACAAGCUUUCAACUCAUUGUUUAUAGAUAUACUUGAUAAACACGCACCGAUAAAAACGUUUAAAAUCAGAGGUCGACCUAACCCAUGUGUAACUGAGAACAUUCGGGAACUGAUGAAGACUAGAGACAGGUGGAGAAAGAGAGCUAAGGAAACGAACGACCCUGAAGCUUGGAUUGAGUAUAAAAACCUGAAAUACAAAGUAAGAUCUGAAAUCAGACUGGCUGAGCGUGAAUUUAUAAAGGAUCAAAUUAACAAGAAUCCAAAUAACACCAACAACAUCUGGAAAGCUAUUCGCCUUUGUAUCCCUAACAAGUCAUCCUCUCAAACGAUCUUUAGUAAAGAUGACAAAACUGUAGCGAAUGAUUUCAACCAGUUUUUUGUUUCUGUUGGUCAAAACACAGUUGAGGACAUUAAAUUGCUGGCAAACGAAUGUGGUUAUCGACGCGAUGUGUCUUUUAUUCCGAGACAAUACCCAUUGUCAGAACAGUUUUCAUUUAGAACUACUGACAGUGAAGAAAUUAGUCAAAUUAUAAGCUCAAUGUCUUCCAAUAAAGCCCCAGGAAUUGAUCAAAUUCCCAUUCGCGUAAUAAAAGACUGUCUGACAUCUAUACUGCCUACACUUACAUCUAUUGUUAAUUCCUCACUAGUUACUUCUACCUUUCCCACUGUUUGGAAAAUAGCAGAAGUAACACCCAUUCCUAAAGAUGGAGAUCAUGAACAAGCGAUCAAUAAUAGACCUAUUUCAUUAUUACCUGUAUUGUCGAAAGUCUGCGAACGAGCUGCCUAUAAUCAGCUUUCUUCCUAUUUAUUAGAAAAGGAAAGAUUAACGCAACACCAGAGUGGAAAUAAGAAAUGGCACUCCACCGAAACUUCUGUUAUUCAAGCUACAGAUGCCAUCCUCAAUGCCAUAGACAAAAAGAAGCUUACUGCUACAGUCUUUUUGGACAUGAGCAAGGCGUUCGACAGCAUUGAUCAUGAAUUAUUAAUAUCUAAAUUGGAAGAUGUUGGAGUCUCCAAUAUGACACUUCUUUGGUUUCGCAGUUAUCUUUCAAACAGAAAACAAGUUGUAAAGAUCCACUCAACUAAAUCAGAACUUCUUCCUGUGGUCAGUGGUGUACCCCAGGGAAGCAUUCUCGGCCCUCUUUUGUUUAGCAUAUAUGCUAAUGACUUGCCAUCCGUUCCAGAGAAAUGUAAAUCUAACAGCUAUGUGGACGACACAAAACUUAGCGUUUCCUUCCAUCUACAAAACAAGCAAGGUGCCAUUGAAGAUAUGAAUGAGGAUCUUUUGAAAGUGCGAAACUGGUGUUUCAACAACCUUCUCUUAUUAAAUCCAAAAAAGACAAAGCUCAUGGUUUUCGGAAGUAGACACAAAUUAGCGGACCUAAAUGAGUUUAGCCUAUCCCUACUUGGGAAAAAUAUAUUCCCUUCCAAAACAGUGAAAGAUCUAGGAGUUACUCUUGACCCUCUCCUUUCUUAUGACGAACACAUAACUAAGACGAUCUCUUCGUGUAUGUCCCGCCUCGGUCAGAUAAAUCGUGUUAAGCACGUACUGGACAGGCAAACACUUAUCACUGUAAUAAACGCUCUUGUCUUCAGCAAGUUAUUUUACUGUUCGAAUGUUUGGGCCAAUACAACUGGCAAAAACAUAAACAAAUUACAAUCUGUACAGAACUUUGCCUGUCGUAUCGUUAGCGGAGCACGAAAGUAUGAUCAUGUUACACCACUUUUAAAAGAAUUAAGAUGGCUUCCUGUGGCAACUCAGUUGUACUAUCGUAGCACCACUAUGGCUUUUAAGUGCAUGACGGGCUGUGUCCCAGCUUAUAUUUCAUCCCAAUUUAUAAAGCGUCAGGAAGUAUCUAACCAUCAUACUAGGAAUUCACAACAACUUAAUAUUCCGUUAUUUAAAACGGCAACAGGUCAACGGACAUUUUAUUACAAGAUUGUUAGUCUAUGGAAUUCUUUAGACUCUUCUUUAAAACUUUGUGAAUCAGUUGAUUCUUUUAAACGUCGUUUGAAGACGAAGUUAUUGCAUGAGUUUUUGAGCAACUAG